GACGUUCGCUUCACUUCAGUGUGUUCAGUGUGAGUUCAAUGAUGAGCAGUUUUUGGCGUUUGGCGUUGGGCCUUUUGGCGUACUUCAUUGUAGCGACAGUUGCAGAUGAAUAUCAUCCCAGAGCGACUUUUUCACGCUUAAAAUCAUCAAAAAUAAGCUCUUCCGAACAAUCGACCGAGUAUUGGGUGAAUAAAGCCCAAAGCAUACUCGCCGACAAACUGAAGCAGACUUCAAACCUCAAUACAAAUCGUGCCAAAAACAUUAUACUCUUCCUCGGUGAUGGCAUGUCGGUGCACACAAUUACCGCCACGCGUGCUCUCCUUGGCGAUAGCUCCGCACAAGUAUCUUUCGAACGAUUUCCCUACACUGGCCUCUCGAAAACUUAUGCAGUCGAUAAGCGCGUACCGGACUCCGCUUCUACGUCGACAGCUUACCUGAGUGGUGUGAAAGCUAACUAUGGCACGAUUGGUGUUAAUGCCGACGUACUGAAAUAUGAUUGCGAAUCGGCAACCGAUACGAGCACACACACGGAAAGCAUAGCAAAGUGGGCACAAGAUGCGGGCAAGUGGGCGGGCUUAGUGACAACGGCGCGUGUAACACAUGCUUCGCCGGCCGGUGUUUAUGCGCACACCGCUCAGCGUUCGUGGGAAUAUGAUGCUGCGAUCGAGAAAGAUGGUUGUGAUGCGACCAAGAAUGUGGACAUCGCACGUCAACUCGUCGAAUGGCCAGUGGGUAAGGGUUUGCGUGUGAUUAUGGGUGGUGGACGACGUAAUUUCAUUGAUGAGAAUGAAUACGAUGAGGAGGAGACGGAGGGUAGGCGUACCGAUGGACGGAACCUCAUCGAAGAGUGGUUAGCGGAUAAGGAAAAUCAAAACGCAAGCGCGCAAUAUGUCUGGAAUAAGGAAGGUUUAGAGAACGUGGAUCUUAAUAAUACGGAAUACUUGCUGGGUCUAUUCAGUUCAUCGCACUGCCCCUACCAUGGUGACUUGGAGCGCAAAGACUUGGUCCACAGCGUGCCAUCGUUGAGUGAAAUGACAAAAGCGGCUAUCGAGCUGUUGAGUCAAAAUGAAGAGGGCUAUUUUCUGUUUGUGGAGGGUGCCAGAAUUGACAUGGCUCAUCAUAACACAUAUGCGCAUCGCUCACUUGAGGAAACGGCAGAGUUUGCACGCGCUGUUGAAAUAGCACAAGAUUUUACCGACUCGCAGGAUACCCUGAUCGUAGUGACUUCAGAUCAUUCGCAUACCAUGACAAUAGGGGGAUUUCCGACACGCGGAUCCAACAUUUUCGGACUGUCUCCUGAGAACGCUGAUGAUGACUUACCUUAUACCAUACUUUCCUACGCCAAUGGUCCUGGUUUCUCGAAAACAUACUCCUCCAAAUAUGGACGCAAGGAUUUGAGUGAUGCUGAUUUGGAUAAGCCGAAAUACAAGUACAUGGCGACUGUGCCCCUGGACUCCGAGACUCAUGGCGGUGACGACGUGGCCGUAUUUGCCUUGGGACCCUACGCGCACUACUUCUCUGGCAAUUAUGAGCAGUCUAACAUUCCCGCUUUGAUGGCGUACGCAGCUGAUAUUGGUCCCUUCAAGCAAUCGGCUAUGACUAAGGCGAAGGUCACAAAAAAGUGGAAGAAGAGAGUUCACAAAGACUAGAC